CAUACUUAAAUAAUGGGUAACACCUAAGGAAAAGAAGUAUAUAUGAAUUAAUAAUUUAGUUAUCUCCAAAAAUGAGAGAGAGAGUCCUUAAGUUAUUUGCCAAAUUUGAUGUAGAUGGUUCAAAAUCAAUAGAAAAGACAGAAACAAUCAAAUAUUGGUAAAUUUAUUAAACUAAACCAUCAGGAAAAGCAAUUUUGCAAAACUUAAUACUGAGGAGUUAUUCAAAUCAGUUGACACCGAUAAUAGUGGUACUAUCUCCGAAGAAGAAUGGUUAAAUUUUUGGACCUCAGUAUUAAGAAGUGGACAUACUGAAGAAGAAAUAUCUGAUGAAGUAUCUCAUUUAUUGAAUGUUUAGUUAGAAUCGAUUGAAACAGGAUCAUCCUGGUGUAAAUUUGAAAAUUUGGAUAAAAAAGGUUGA